CGCUUUGAUGCACGCCAAACCUUCACAAGCGCGGGUAAGCUCACUAUGUCGGAGGAGGCGCCCAGCGACCCAGCGGCCGAAUCCGACGCUCUAGACGCCGGAACAGACGAGGAUACCAUCGCCGGCCGCACACGUACCAAGUUUUCGCUUGUGGACGUGCCCAUUGACACGCUAGAGGCCUCACUUCCGGACGCUCCGCUCGACUUGGGGGUACCGGAGACAGAGGAAGACCGCGAAUACCAGCGAUUCCUGUCGAGUUUGUUGCCCAAUGAGCAGGUGAACUUGUCAUUCUUGGACGAGGAGGACGAGGAGUACAAACCCGAAGAAGAAGAAGAAGACCAUGAGGAUGAAGAAGCUCGUCGAGGCAUCUCCAAGAAGGAGCUGACCGAUCUGUUACUUGACUCGACACAAAUGACGUUCCCGAAGCUACCGGCAGCGGUGCCAGCUCUUGAAUCAACUCGGGACGAACCUCUGACUGUUGAUAAUGUCAGUGAAGGCAUGAUACCAAUUGCUGCUUCGGUGGCUGGAGACUUAGGGAAGAAUAAUGCAACCACCAAGUCACCAAGGGUGAUGAGUUUCAGUCAAACUACGCCGGCCGUGCUACGCAGAAAACCAGGAGCAGUUACACAAGAGCAAUGCAUUCAACUGGCAUCGCAGAUGCAUAAACAUUUGCAGUUAUUGCUGCAGAGUUAUCAUUUAUUGGCGAGUAAACCACCGUCACCGGCGCUAACGGAGUGUCGAGCAAUGAUCGAGGAACUGCAACAGCGAGGUGAGAAGGCGCUUAAGUACAAGAACGAAUUGCUGUCGAAACUGAAUCCAGCGGUGUCAGGGAGUACUGGUGGAUCAACCACUGAAGGAGUAGACGCGAACAAGACUUCGUCUGAUAGAGACCCGUCUAGACUGGAAGAAAGCACCACCGGCACUGAAAAUCUGUUGGCGGCGCGACGUGUGACAAGGUCACUGACAGCAGCUCAUGCAGCAGUGGCCCACCCGUCGAUGUUCGAGUUGGUGGGAUCACAAACGGUGGAUGAAUUAUCAGCUGGCUUUGCGCGAGGUUGUUCGCUUGAAGAGCGUGAUCGUGCCAUCCAAGAACAAAUGUUGCAGCUGGACACGCACUUGCAGACUGCGAAGAAACGCCGGAAAAGCAAGAAAGGCUAUUCGACGACUGAAGACACUUUGCUGGCUCACGGAGCCAAACGAUUUGGUACUCAAGCGGAGUCGUGGGAGCAAAUCCAGAAGCACUUUCUUCCGACCAAGACCACACAGAAUAUCCGGCAUCGAUACAAGUAUUUGACCCGCCCGAAAAUCGCGAUGAAUGCUGUUAAAGCGCUACAUUUGAAGUCCCAGCCGCAACACCACAGCAACAGCUGGCUACUUGAAGAGGAUCUUAGGAUUGCUCGCGGUCUCGUUGAGUUACACAAGGAAAAAUAUCAUUUUGCUCGUCUGGCCACGAAUUAUCUCCCGCAUCGCAGUCGACUCGAGAUUAGGAAGCGCUGGGAGCGGCUUGCGGCGAAAUUCCGCUCUGAUCUUGCUGAAAUCGGCCUAACAGCACCCGAAGAUGACUCGAUUGAUCUUGCGGUGGCCAUGAAGGAGUAUCUAGAGGACAAAUUACGACAUCGAAUGCUGCGACAAACAGGAGAAGCGGAGAAGGCGAAGCUGGAUGCAGCGUUACAGCUGCAGCAACUCGGUCAAGGUAUGCGAGGCAGUCUUAUGGGUCAAUCAGCUGGUGACACGUCUUCCUUCGGUCUUGACUUUGCCCCCGGCAUAUCGUCUCUUAUCAGUGCUGCUCAGAAGAAGGAAUCUGAUGCUUCAUGCAGGACGAAAAAUCUGCAUCCAGCUCUGUUUUUCUCGUCGUGGUCAUUUAUAAGCCCGGCUACGCUUCUGAACUCAACGUGUAUGCACAACUGGCCGUCAUUUAUGGACGAAGACAAUGAUGCCAAGGAUAAAUUGCAGAAGAACCAGUUGGAUGCUGAUGUCGCGGACAGUGGAGUGCCUCAUUCUCUUGGGAGCACACAGAUGCAAGAGUUUAUGCCGAUUGCGAUGCCGUCUGAUCUAGCUGGAACGUCGACAACAAAUAUGACUCGAAUGCCUCAAGCUACUGUUCUUAUGGACGCUCGAAUGGCGCAGAAGGAGAGCGAGGAAGAAGACGAUGACAGUGACUAUGAGCAUGAUGAAUUACUGUCGUCUGAGAACGAAGGGAGCGACUCGGAUUUCGAGCAGUUGGAAUUUACGGAUGACGACGAAGGUGAUGAGGAUGGCGAGGAUGAAGCAAGUGGUGAUACGUUUGAGCAGGAUACGCUAAUGUCCGACUCGGACGAUCAGUCUGUUCUCAGUGCUAACUCACUCUGGAAUGGUUCUCGAUCUCCGCCUCUGUCUCCGUCUCGUGAUGCGAAGGAGCCAUCAAGCGACAAGCGCUCCCCGCGCGUUCGACAUCCACUUCGCCUGAAGAACCUAGGACAGCCUGGCAAUGAACGCAUGAAACGCGCUCUAGCUGCGUUGGAGAGACGAAUUGUUGGCAAGAGCGUUAAUGGAGCUGCUCUGUCUGUCACGGACUCUCAGACUGGGUCAAGCAAACGUGCAAAGCGCAAAGUGACGUCCACGCUUGUUGCACCUCUCGGUGCAAAUUGGACAACAAACAAUGGAACAUUCCAAUCAGAUACCGAUGAACGAACACAAGCAGCCGUCACAGGGACUUGUAGCGAUGAAGAUGACGACGAAGAUGAUGAUUGGAAGGACGGAUCUGGAGACGAAGAAUUUGAAGUUGUCGAACUACCUUCAAGCUCUGAUGAGUUCGCGUCAGACGAAGACGACAAAGACCCUCGAGUUGCACUUGCAGGUGGGGCGUCUAGAGAAGACAAUGCGAAACCAGUAGCCUUGUUGUCAACUACUCCACGCCGUGAAGCCCUCGUGAGCAGUGAACUUCCUAAUAAGAAGGCUAAGUUACAACAGUGUCCGACUUGUGGCCACACCACGUGUACAUGCUCGUCCAGCGAGCGGAUGCAGCUGCUUUUACGGCGCAUGAAGGAGAAGCGUUCAUCGUCCUCGUUGCAAUAAUCUAACCUAUUGUUAAUAAUAUCCACGAUCUGGAUCUACUCGGUGGGUAGAGCCACCUUAUCGAACCUCGGUUUCUUCUUCUUGGCCUUUUUCAGUUUACUUGACGUGGCGUCUUCCGGGUGU